CACAGACCGACCAACAAGAGGAGCAGAGGCCGCGGGGGGACGGCAAGAACGCGGGCAAGGGGCCAGAGUGGAAGCAAUCGCGGCCAAGACCGAUAGUGGAAAAGCAAGUGCUUGGUGAAAUCUUUGUGGUGUUAUGUACCGUGAACCAAAUUAGCACUGUCAAUCUGUGAGUGCUCCUGCUACCGUGGACUGUGCACGUAGCUGCAACGACUACGCAAAGAAAGGACUUUUACUGUCAUGCCGGAAGUGCUUGCGAGUCCUAUCUCUAUUUCAUGCGCGUUUUGCAUUGGGAGUGUCGUUUUGGCCUGUUACGUGGAGGAGUUUAUUUGUGUUGCUGAAAUUAGAAUUACUAGUCCAACAAGCGCGUCGCGCUUUUUUGUCGGGGUAACAACAAGACGACUUUCAUAAUUUUGUUUGUACAUGCAUUGCCGUAGUUCUUGAAAGAAAGUGGGCGCUUACCAAGGCCGGCUUGUUAAGCUUGUCUCAUUUUGAUUUCAGAUUCGCUUUCGUUCAUCGAGAAAAGCAAAAUUUCAAGGAGCAAACGCGCUCACAGAUUUUCCUUCCAUACGCCGGCUCUGUCUUGGACUACGGGCACAACCGAAGCGGCAGAGGCGGCGGGCCGUCAAC